UGAGUGCGUAGACAGUCAGCUGGGGCUGGAAGUGUGUGUGGACGGUACUGAACCGGAGGGGUGUGUGUGUGUUCAAGUGGGUGUAGGGGUACAGUGUAGAUGUGUGUGUGUGACCGGGAGCCCCGUGUGGCUUUGCUUGGCUGAUCACAACAGCCGUCCUAUCCCCGCGGAGGCUCCCAGCAUGCAGAUAGUGUGAGCAGUCAGGAGAAAGGUUUUGACAGCGCGUGUCACAGCCUCUUCUGCCUACGCAGGCAGGCACUCGGUCAGACAGCUGGCCAGUUCUAUGGAGGUGACAACAGCGAGGCAGGAGCGGGCUAAAAUCGAGCUUCUCUCUCUUCAGGAUUGUUGCCCUCUCUCUGACUGAACCUGUCCCCGGAUUGGAUCUAAUUGAUUUCUCCUCCAAGCGUCGCAUCUUCGAGAGCCCAAGGGGCUGUUUUCACGGGGGAGAUCCAGCAGCCUACUCAUGGAGGAACAGGCUGCGUCCAACAGCAGUCCCCAGCAUGGGCGAGGCCAUGGCCACAGCCAGGCCAAGCACAAUGUCAUCAGGUGUGGGUGGCUGAGGAAGCAAGGGGGCUUUGUCAAGACUUGGCACACCCGUUGGUUCGUGCUCCGGGGAGACAAGCUCCACUAUUACAAAGAUGAGGAAGAGACCAAAGCCCUGGGAACCAUUUUCUUACCUGGAAACAGGGUUACAGAGCACCCAACCAAUGGGGAUGAAGGUGGAAAAUUUCUGUUUGAAGUCGUCCCAGGGGGAGACAGGGAGCGGAUGACAGCCAACCAUGAGACCUACCUUCUUAUGGCCAACACCCAGAAUGACAUGGAGGAUUGGGUGAAGACCAUUCGCAGAGUCAUAUGGGCACCCUUUGGUGGAGGGAUCUUUGGCCAGAAGCUGGAGGAGACGGUGCGCUACGAGAGGCGUUUCGGGAACAAGCCGGCCCCUAUGCUGGUGGAGCAGUGUGUGGACUUCAUCCGCCUCUGGGGGCUAAGAGAGGAGGGCCUCUUCAGGUUGCCUGGCCAGGCUAACCUCGUCAAAGAGUUACAGGAUGCCUUCGACUGUGGGGAGAAGCCCUCCUUUGACUGUAAUACAGAUGUCCACACAGUUGCAUCUCUCCUGAAGCUUUACCUUCGAGAGUUACCCGAGCCUGUCAUCCCCUUCUCUAAGUAUGAUGAGUUCCUGGCCUGCACCAAGAUGCUCAACAAGGAGGAGGAAAUGGGAAUGAAAGAACUAAAAGGCCAUGUGGAAAGCCUACCUCCAGUGAACUACAAUUUACUCAAGUACAUAUGCAGGUUUCUAGAUGAAGUGCAGUCCUAUUCCGGUGUGAAUAAAAUGAGUGUACAAAACCUGGCCACAGUCUUCGGUCCAAAUAUCUUGAGGCCAAAGCUGGAGGACCCUAUGGCGAUGAUGGAAGGUACCGUGUUGGUCCAGCAGCUGAUGGCUGUUCUGAUUGGUCGCCAUGACGUGCUGUUUCCGAAAGGUGACGACAGCCCCACAGCACUGGAGCUGUGCAACAACAACAACAACGACCUCCUGUCGCCUCGGCGCCUCGGCGCCAUGACGACGGGCCAGAAGCAGAACGCAGAGAACAACAACACACAGGCUGUGAGGCAGUGUGUUUGGGAGACCCCCGAGUCGCCGCAGCGCCAACAAGUGGACAACGGCUCGUCACGCCCCUCAAGCCCGCGGAACGGCUUCAUGGGCAUCACUGGCCGCUUCGACCAGACCCGCAGCCCACCACUGAUGGUGAAGAAGAACCCGGCCUUCAGCAAGGGCAGCGGCAUCGUCACCAAUGGCUCCUUCAGCUCCUCUUCCUUGUCGGAUAUCACCCAGGAGAAGAGCCUGGCCGUGCCAGGGGGGGGCGCCCUACAGGUCCGCCGCACCGGCACUCUGAAGGGCUCCGGCACCAAGAUGGGCACCAGCGGAGUUCCAAAUGGAGGCGGCGCUGGCGGAGUACGCAUGGGUGUGUCCAGCACGGAUGUGGUUAAUGGGACCGUGAACGGACGCAAUGGGCUAUGGGUGCCCAAUGGGUACGUUACACUACGGGACAGCAAGCCCCGGGACUGCCCGGCAGGGGAGCAGACGAGCCAGAACCGCCUGUCGACGUACGACAAUGUCCAGAACCAGCAACAGCAGAACCAGCAACAGUACCAGCCUUGUCUAGUCAGCAGUAGCGAGGACAAGCAGAGUGUCGACAGCGCCACCUGGUCUACGUCCUCCUGCGAGAUUUCUCUCCCCGACAACUCCACCUCCUGCCGUUCCUCCACCACCACCUGUCCAGAGCAGGACUUUUACGGGUGCCACUACGAGGACCCCUUACUCCUGGAUGGGGCCUCCCAGGAUGAGGCCCCCCAGCCGGGGGGAGGGGAUGGGGAACACCAGAACGAGAAUGGAGGAGGGCGGGGCAGCCGUGCCACCAGCAGCAGUGACAACAGCGACACGUUUCCUGUGAGCAACGGAGCAGGAAGUCACAGUGCCCUGCACAGCUUGGUGGCCAGCCUCAAGCAAGAGAUGCAGAAACAGAAGUUGGAGUAUGAAGCAAGGAUCAAAAGCUUGGAACAGCGUAACCUGGAGCUGGAGACGGAGAUGGUGGGUCUGCACGAGGAGCUGGGCCAAGAGAGGAAGAAGUACACCAUGGUGGAGAUCAAGCUGCGCAAUGCAGAGCGGGCCAAGGAUGACGCCGAGCGCAGGAACCAGAUGCUGCAGAAGGAGAUGGAGCAGUUCUUUUCCACCUUUGGUGACCUCACAACCGACCCCCGGCCAGAGCGUGCCAACACAAUCUGGAUUCAGUGACGGGGUGAGGGGCUUUACCAUCUCAGUACAGGGUGUGAGAAAAUGCCCAAGAGGCGGAGAUGAGGGUCGAGUGAGAGCUCGAGAAAGAAGCCAGCGGGGAGGAACUUUGGGGAGUCGGUGUGUGUGCUGCU